AUGAGGAACGAGAAGGUUACAUUGAAGAAGAAGAUUAGAGGAAUCAAGCUGGGGAGGAAAGUCGGGACGGCGUUCAGGUGGGUAAUCCGACCGAGAAGCGCGAUUCGGUCUAUGAGGAACCCGAUUUCGGGGAUUUUGUCGAUGAUCCGGGUCCUGCAGAGGAGGGCUCUGGAGACGGUGAAUGUUUCGGGUCGGAGGGAUUGCGUCCAGCUGGGCCGGGUCAAACCGGUGGAGGAUUCGCCGCCGCCGAAGGGCCACCUGGCGGUGUACGUGGGCGAAUCCGACGACGACACGAGGCGGGUCGUGGUGCCCGUGAUUUACUUCAACCACCCGCUGUUCGGGGAGCUGCUGGAGGAGGCGGAGCGGGUUUACGGGUUCGACCGGCCGGGCGGGAUCAGCAUCCCGAUCGGGUAUUCAAAGUUCGAGAAGGUGAAGAUGAGGAUCGACGCCUGGGACGGCGGGGUUGACCGCCGCCGGCGGGCGUUUCUGCCGGCGGUGCGGUUUUAG